GUUUAUUUAGAGUUAAAGACGACUUAAAAACAAACAAAAAGCACUGAUUUGUGAGACAAUUGUCCGCAUAAUUGGUCUCAAAUCGUGUGAUAAUCGGCACAAAUCAACGACAAGUCAUCGGCGGUGAAGUCGACAGCGACCACAAUGAACGCCAUCUUCGCGUCCGUGCGUGCGAUCGGAUCCGCGUCUUCGGCCUUCAGACUCCUCACCACUAAUGGAUACAAAUGUGUACCCAUUUUAGCGGCCAAUCGGUCACCGGUUGUGGACUUCUUGCGACGGAUUCAUCACAAGACAGACAACGUGUCGACCGAUGCGAAGCAGAAGGAGCUGUCGCUGCGGCGGGAAAUGGUCCGUCAGAUCACCGCAACGGGUCCUCUCACUGUCGCCGAUUACAUGCGAAUGGUAUUAACGCAUCCCAUCUCUGGCUUCUAUAUGAACGCCGAUGUCUUCGGCUCUAAAGGACACUUCACUACAUCUCCAGAGAUAUCGCAGAUAUUCGGCGAGUUGAUCGCCGUUUGGCUGUUGAAUGAGUGGCAGCGCUACGGGUGUCCGAAGCCGUUGCGAGUGGUGGAGUUGGGUCCGGGCAGAGGCACUCUCGCCGCAGACGUGGGCCGAGUGUUGUCGCAGUUCUCGCACUCGAAAGACGUGACUUCUUUGCAUUUGAUCGAAAUCUCUCCCCACUUGACACAGAUUCAGGAGCAGAACAUUUGCGGAACCGUUAGUCUCAUUGAGCAAAACGACAGCUCCAACGGCCUCUUCCGUCACAGCGCACUCACGAAGACUGGACUUCCCAUCACUUGGUAUCGAUCGUUGGAUCAGAUCGGCUCCAAACCCGGGUUUACCGCUUAUAUCGCACACGAGUUUUUGGACGCCCUUCCCGUCCAUAAGUUUGUGAAAUCGCCGUCCGGUCAGUGGCGCGAAGUGUUGAUUGAUUGCGACAAAAGCGGAGAAUUGCGAUACAUUAUCGCCAAUAACCAGACGCCGGCCUCUAAGCUAUUCAUAGAUCCGAGCGUUCAAUCAGACAAUUUAGAAGUGUGUCCACAAUCAGCGCUCGUCAUGGAUCAGGUCAUCGCACGGUUUAGCCGCAAAAACCCAGGAUGUUUUCUGGUCUGCGAUUACGGACACGACGACCAAAAGGCCAAUAGAGACACAUUCAGAGCUUUCAAAGAGCACGAGAUGUGGGAUCCAUUGCGAGAACCGGGAACCGCUGACCUCACGGCUGACGUGGACUUCGGUUAUCUCAAGCGUCACAUCAAAGAGAAGGCCACCGUUUUCGGGACCGUCACUCAGGAGCACUUCCUCAAGAGUCUCGGCAUUGAAUUACGACUUUCUCAACUCUUGGCUCAGGCCAGCGAUGACCAGAGAAAGGAGCUCCAGAGCGGCGUCGAUAUGCUUAUGAAGGAUAUGGGCGAGAGAUACAAGUUUUUGGCCGUUUUUCCGCCAAAUUACAGCCAAACAUUCGCAGACAUACCGCCCGCAGGUUUUGUGUAAUAUAUAGAUAUAUUUUUACCCAAUUUGUUGGUCUUAUUUCUUAUUGCAUUACAAUAUCAUAAUAAUUAUACCGUUAAAUGUAUACGAGAUUUGCAUUUCCAGCCAUUAUAUUACGCCUGUUGUGAAUGUGUGUAAAGCAUAUGAAUUAAUAAUCAACUACUAUUCGGUGCCAAUCAUUUUGCACAACAUUUUUAUUAUAUAAAAACAAUUAAUAAACAUAUAUAUAAGAAAAAGUUAUACAAAUGUCUGUAUUUUAAACUUCUGAGCCUU